AUGCAAUACGUUUCGGCGGUUGCCACGAGCGUGUCAGAUGCCUGCUUGUUGGAGAAAAUCUUUGUCAGAUUUCUGCCAUGCGACUACAUUGGGCGCAAAGCGGCUAUGGUCUUCACCACUUAUGAUCGUAAUCGGUGGUAUCCUAGGCGCCGCAUCGCACGGUGUCAGUAUCAACGGCAUCUCUGGAUGCUGAACGUUUCGCGUGGUAUUAUUGGUUUCGGAACUGGUGGUGAAUAUCCUCCCUCUUCAGUUUCGACGGCAUCCGAAACCGCCAAUGACUUGACCCUGAAGCAGCGUGGUCCAGCUUUCAUCAUGCUGACAAACUUUCAGCUGUCAUUUGGUGGCACAUUUACUGUUCUGGUUUCCUUGGUCGUAUUCUCAGCCUGCCCGCCAUCCCACUACAGCACCGUCCAGCGCGUCUGCUUCCGGUUUCGGGUGCAUCUGGCCCCUGUCCACUUCAUCACUUUUCCCAACGGCGUCUUCUCCGCCACCAUCAUCUCCUCUGUGGUCGGCGACGACUCGGUUCUCAAAACCGGUGAAUGGCAACUCCUCGGGGCCAUCUCCCUCCCCUGUGUCUCCCUCGGAGCUCUCCUCUAUAACAAGCUCAGUGGCGAAAACGUAAUGAUGGUCGAUCAUCCCCUCUUCGUGGUCUUCUACAGCCUCAUGCAGAGUUCCGGCAACUUCGGCCCGGGGGACAUGCUCGGCUUAUUUUCAUCGGAGCUGUAUGCCACCGGUCUCCGGAGUACUUGCUAUGGGUUGUCUGCGGCUGUAGGGAAAGUAGGUGGCGCUAUUGGUACUCAAGCAUUCACACCCAUUGAGAAUAACUCGGGUAAAAAUUUACCGUUUAUUAUUGUAGCUAUUUGCGGUGUUGUGGGGAUUUUGGUGGCUCAAUUUCCUCACUCCGGAUAUUUCGGGGAUGAUUUGAGAAUCCGCGAUGAGAAAUUCCGGGCCUACCUUGUCUCGAAGGGGCGGGGUGGUGCGAUGGGUGACGAUGAUAUGCGGGCCUUGGCAGUUGAGGGCACUCCGCCUGCUUUCGGGGAGGCAAAGUAA